GCAUUACAGAAAGGAAGUAGAAAUUAGAACCACACUUCAGGAGUUGUCACUCUACUUUAUUUUUUUAAUAAACCUAUGUAUAUGCAUACAGAAAAAUCUCAAGAAUAUGUGCUAAACCUAACUCUAGCAGUGAGAUGACAAGAAACUUCUUCCUGUUUUGUAUAUUUCUAUUUUCAUUUUUUAAAUUACUUUUAUAAUUAGUCAAGAAAAAAUUUGGAUUUUCAAAACAAGAUUGGGAACAAAAUCUAACUUUUAAUCCUGAAUAACUGACUUUUUAAAGAUAAAUUUGUAAACAAAAAUUCUUCUCCUUAGUGACUUUUGGCAUGGUAAACCCACAUAUGUAUUACUUAAACAAAGUUAUGUCAUCUCUAUUUUUGGACACUUCUGUGCCUGGUGAUGAAAGAACCAACUUUAAGUCUAUUCGCAGCAUAACUGAUUUUUGGAAGUUUAUGGAAGGACCCCUUUUGGAAGGUCUGUACUGGGAUGCAUGGUACACGAACAAGACUUUGUAUAAUUUAAAGAACAGCAGUCGCAUCUACUAUGAGAACAUACUUUUAGGAGUGCCCAGAGUCCGUCAACUAAGAGUCCGCAACAACACAUGCAAGGUCUAUUCAUCCUUUCAGUCUUUGAUGAGUGAAUGUUAUGACAAAUACACUUCUAGCAAUGAAGACACGUCUGAUUUUGGCCUUAAGCAGGAAACUGAAUGGAAGUACUCUACUCCUGAUAGUAGCUCCCCUUGGCACUGGGGAUUUGUUGGUGUUUACCGAAAUGGGGGAUUUAUUUUCACUUUAUCAAAAUCAAAAUCUGACACAAAAAACAAGUUCAUUAACCUUCGACUCAACAGCUGGAUCACAAGAGGGACCAGAGUUAUUUUCAUUGAUUUUUCGUUAUACAAUGCUAACGUAAACCUGUUUUGCAUCAUCAGAUUGGUGGCAGAAUUCCCUGCAACUGGAGGAAUCAUUACUUCAUGGCAGUUUUACUCUGUGAAGCUCCUCAGAUAUGUUAGCCACUAUGAUUAUAUUAUUGCUUCCUGUGAAAUCACAUUUUGUAUUUUUCUUAUUGUCUUCACAACACAAGAAGCUCAAAAAAUAAGAGAAUUUAAGUCUGCCUAUUUCAAAAGUGUUUGGAACUGGCUAGAAUUACUACUUUUGGUGUUGUGUUUUGUGGCCGUUUCCUUCAACAUAUACUGUAAUAUACAAAUUUUUCUCUUACUUGAAGACCUGUUAAAAAACACUGAAAAAUAUUCAGACUUCUAUUUUCUUGCAUACUGGUACAUUUAUUACAACAAUGUAAUUGCUAUUACCAUCUUUUUUGCAUGGAUAAAGAUAUUCAAAUUCAUAAGCUUUAAUAAGACAAUGUCUCAGCUGUCAACAACCUUGUCCCGCUGUCUCAAAGACAUAGUAGGAUUUGCCAUCAUGUUUUUUAUAAUAUUCUUUGCUUAUGCUCAAUUAGGAUUUCUUGUUUUUGGAUCACAAGUUGACGACUUUUCCACUUUUCAAAAUGCCAUAUUUGCACAAUUCCGAAUUGUUCUUGGAGAUUUUAAUUUUGCUGGUAUUCAGCAAGCCAAUCGUAUCUUGGGGCCCAUUUACUUCAUCACUUUCAUCUUUUUUGUGUUCUUUGUCCUGCUGAACAUGUUCUUGGCAAUUAUUAACGAUACCUAUUCUGAAGUGAAAGCUGAUUAUUCAAUAGGCAGAAGGCCAGAUUUUGAACUUGGUGAAAUGAUUAAAAAGAGUUACAACAAUGCUCUUGAAAAACUUAGACUAAAGAAACCUCAAAAGGAUGAAGACGAUAAAGGUAUGAAAGGCGAUUUGGCUGAGCAAGCCAGAAGAGAAGGCUUUGAUGAAAAUGAGAUUCAAAGUGCAGAGCAGAUGAAAAAGUGGAAAGAGAGGCUUGAGAAAAAGUAUUAUUCUUCAGAAAUUCAAGAUGACUACCAGCCUGUCACGCAACAAGAAUUUCGAGAACUCUUUUUAUAUGCCGUGGAGCUGGAGAAAGAAUUACACUACGUCAGUUUAAAACUAAACCGAGUGAUGAGAAGGAUUUCAGCUCUACAAAAUUAAGACAAGUGCAGGCGAGAAUCUGUGAUACAAUCAUUGAGCAUUUGUAACAAAGAUUUAUCCCUGUACUGAAUUAUUUCCUAAACAUGUGCCCAUUUCAGGUACACUUUAAAAACACUGUACCACCUAUCAUCAAGCUAUCAUCAGAGUAUAACUAACAAAAUGAUUUCAACAAAAGAUUUCCAGAAAUUAAGUACCCCUGAAUGGGCCUCACUGUGCAAUCCAAACAGCACACUUCCAGAGUAUACACACCGGUACAUGUAAAUGAUUUUAUAAUGAGAUUUAUUAUUAAAUUCUAGGAACGUGGAGUUAAAGUAUCAAAUGCUGCAUAUAGUUCAUGGGGCAGG